AAGUUGUCUAUUGAACAGUGCAUCAUCCAUCCGAUGAAGACGUGUUUUUUUACUAUAGUUGUUUUCUGUCAUUUAUUAGUCGUAAGUCAGUGGUGAUUUUAUUUUGUUUUCUAUAAAAUAUGUGCAAAGACUACUGUGUGGUGACAAGAAUAUCGAAAAGAUAGAAGAUAGCCCUACUACCUUGGCAAAUUAUUUGAAUUCGAGAAAUGGGGCUGUCACACAUAUCGAGAUGAAGCCCGUCGCGCGAUAGCACGAUGGACACGCUGCACGUCGGCCACGGGCACAGCAAGGGGUCCAGCCGCAGCCAGUCGCCGUCCGCGGUGGAGCUGCGCGACCCGGCCGUCGUCACCGACGACGUCAUCCGCUCCCGCGUCCAGAGUCCGUCCAGCGCGCACCAUGUCGAGCCCACACGCCAUGAGCCUCGUGCCCACCACGUCAAGUCCCACUCCCGAGAUCUGGGCAACAGUCCACUGUCAGCCAACACCACUGCAAACAGCUCUAGAGAUCUGGAGGACUCGCCGCAGAAGAAGAGUAUGUCUAACAUCAUGGGGCCGGGCGAGUACGGCUGCGCGGUGUACAGCCCCAACGUGUCGUACGCGCUCUCCUCCGCGGACGAGUACGGCUCGCCGGCUUAUAGAGGUCAAGACGGCGAUUAUUUGAAUCAAGACGACGACAGCGGCGCGAAUGUGUCGGCCAAGGCGCAGGCGGCCAUCGCGCAUCUCAACAGCAAAAUAGAACGCACCAAGGACUUGAUACGUCUAGAACAGACUAUACGAGAUGACAACGUAAACGAAUACCUCAAGCUAGCAGCGCAUGCAGAUAAACAGCAGCUGCAGCGCAUCAAGGCGGUGUUCGAGAAGAAGAACCAGAAGAGCGCCGUCUGCAUCGUCCAGCUGCAGAAGAAGCUGGAGGGGUACAACAAGAGGAUCAAGAGCUGGGAGCAACACGGCACGAGCGGGCAGAUACACCGGCAGCCGAGAGAGGUGUUGCGGGACAUGGGGCAGGGGCUCAAGAACGUUGGCGGCAACAUCCGCGACGGCAUGGUCGGUCUGGGCGGCAGCGUGAUGGCGGCGCCGCGCGAGUUCGCACAUCUCUUCUCGCGGUCCAACCGCUUCGGGUCCGCCGACAACAUCGCGCAGCUGGCUACCGAAAACACGGGUCCUUCGCCCCAACACGCGGAGUUACGAGCGAACGCGUCGUCGGAAGGGUCCCGGGCGAGCGAGGCGGGCGCGGGGGAGGGGCGCGGCUCGACGCUGCCCCGCACCAGCCAGCCCGCUACGUCGCCGGCACACAAGUUCUCGCCAGAUGCAUCGCCGAGUUCGUCGGUCACUAGCGAGGGCGCGCCGUAUCCACCCCAAAGCGGUUCUAACAACAUCUCUGAGGCGACGUUCAGCAUCAAGCCCAUACUGAACGAGCUGCGCGAGCGACGGGAGGACUACGAGCGACUCGCCGAGAAGGUCGAGGCGAUUAAAAAUCUAUCACAAGAGGUGUCCUUUCUGUCGGCGGCGCUGCAGGAGGAGCGGUUCCGGACGGAGCGGCUCGAGGAGCAGAUCAACGAUCUCACAGAACUACAUCAAAACGAGGUGGAGAAUUUGAAGCAGGCGUUGACAGACGUGGAGGAGAAGGUGCAGUAUCAGAGUGAAGAGCGGAUACGCGACAUACACGAGGCGCUCGACCUGUGCCAGACUAAGAUCGGCAAGCUCGAGCAGUACAUGUCGGGGGGCGGGGCGGGGGGUGGAGCGGGCGGCAGCGGGGAGGCGGCGGCGCUGCCCCCGCGCCUGCUGCUCGUCAAGCUCAUCAAUGUCGCGCUGACGCUGCUGCAGCUGGCGUUGCUGCUCGUGGCUACCGUGGCCGGCGUAGCCAUGCCCUUCCUACGCACCAGGGUGCGAGUGUUAACCACCAGCCUGUGCGUGAUGGUGGGCGUGAUGGUGCUGAAGCAGUGGCCGGAGGUGUCCCAACUGUCGGAGCACUUGGUUCGCAGGCUCAAGGAGUACUUGCUAGACAAGCACCACGACAGGUAUGAAUGCAAGUCGUUGUGUGGUUGACGAAUCGAUGGCGUGUUUUGAAACGGUGAUAUUGCAAUUUUAUCCUCGGUAGUCCGAAAGAGCAAACGAAAUGUCCAGCAUUUGUGAAGAAACUGGACGUACGAGACACAGUCAGUCAGAAAUUGUGUUAAGUUGACUGUACACGGAGAAAAAUAAAUAUUAAACACUGUCGAUGCUCGAAACAUUCCAGGGGAAAUUUUAACUAAAUUAUGCUACUAAUACGCAUCAAGAUAUAUUUAUUUUUCUAGAUUGUAAAACGUAUAGCAAAAUUUGUAAAUAAAUUGAAAUUAAAUUAUUGUUUGGAAUAAAUUGGUUAUGAAAAUGGUGAAGCGAUAUUUGUUCCUUGUUAUUUUUAAGUGUAAUCAGACGAGCGUCCGACUUAGUGAUACGAAGGAGUUUUUUUAACUUUCUUAACUUAUAAUUUGUCAAUAGAUUCUAUUCCUAAGUA